AUGUCUAAAGUCAUUCUCAUCUUGGGCGGAGCCGGAGCUCAAAACUCUGCCGUGGCCCGAGAGCUGGUCAAAAAUGAGGACUUUUCGGUCAGAAUCUUGUCACGAAAUGCUAAGUCUGAGGAGAGCGUCUCUCUUGCCGCCAUCCCCCGCAUCACCGUGGUUGAAGGCGACACUUAUGACGAGGACAAUCUCGUUGCUGCAUUUAAGGGAGUCUACGCCGUUUUCGUCAACACCAACGGUUUCGCGAUUGGUGAGAAGGCCGAGAUCUUCUGGGGCAUUCGCAUCUAUGAGAUUGCCUACUGGGCUGGUGUCAAGCACUUCGUCUACAGCUCUCUGCCGUUCGUGUCCAAGAAGUCUGGAUUCAACCCCAAGUAUCGUGUCCCUUUCGUCGACGGCAAGGCAAAGGUUGUCGACUUCCUGAAGGCUCAGCCAACCGAUAAGAUGAACUGGAGUGCCAUUGAAAGCGGCCCCUAUCCCGAGUCCCACCUUGCUACAUGGUCUCCCGCCAAGGGAGAUGAUGGGGUCUAUGUAUUCCGCAUGCCCAUCGAGGCUGACGGCGCUAUGGCAAUGGUAGGAUUGGUCGACUUCGCCUGGUUUGCUCGAUACAUGUUUGAGCACCCCAAGGAAUUCGAAGCCGACUUGCUCAGUGUUGGCAUUGACCACGUAAACGGCAACACUAUUGCUGCCGCCUUUACCGCAGUGACUGGAGAGCCUGCUCGCUUCGAGCCUCUACCUCUCUCCGCAGUGGCCGAGUCGUGGCCAGACACCAAGAUUGGUCUUGCUGGAUCUCCAGGCUAUGAAGACCCAACACUCAAGACCAUGGCCGAGAUGUUUGUUCCUUGGUUCACCAUCUGGCAAGAGAGCGGUGGUAACAAGGGCCUUUGGACCAAGGACUAUGCUCGCUUGGACAAGAUUCACCCUAAUCGCAUCAAGACUAUUGAGGAGUGGAUGCGUUCAGUCGGCUACUCAACUGAGAAAUAUCAGACUGCUUUAAAAACCGGGAUCUUUGGCCAGGCAUGA